AUGUAUUCUUUUAUUUAUAUACGGAUACUAUUCAGAUUUAUUUUGUACGUAUCUAAGAUCCGUGUUUCCCAUAGUAUGUUGUACACAACUUCAGAUCAACGUUCUUUCAACAAUUUGUUUCUCUUUUCUCUCUUUCUCAUUCUUUCUACCUUCUUAGCAUGCAUCUUACUAGCCAUUCUUUCAUAUCUUUCCUUUUCUUCCUUAAUUUCUCUUCUUCGUUUCAAAUCAUCAAGUUUUUGUUUUCUAGCUGUUUCCUUUUCAUCUUUCAACUCCUUCAUUCUUGCUUUGUAUUGUUCUUCUUCUAAUUUCUUUAGUUCACGUUGUUUAAAUGAAUUCUUCUUGGUUUUGGAUACAACACCUAUGGUUCUAACUCUAAAGGCAUCUUUCUUUAUUUUCCAAUUUUUACCAUUUACUCUUGAACCUUCACCUUUGUCCUUUGGUGCUAACGGAUCUAUGUAUUUCUUGGGUAUUUCUUUAAAUUCUAUAUUUGAUGAUGAACUCAUUUUUAACGAUGAAUGA